AUGAUGAUUAUUGUGCAAAUAACAUAUCUUUUGUAUCUAUUGACUUUUGACAAUGUUGCUGCUGAUUUCGAUGAUGGCUUUGUCUUUGAUAUUGAUCCUAGCUUGCUAGUGGACCAUGAUAAACUAACCAUUGGCGACAUGAUCGGAGAAGGGUCUCACUCGAUUGUCUACAAAGGAUGGUACGAAGACCAUCCUGUUGCUAUAAAGGUUAUACUCCCAGAAAGAACCAGGGAUGCUACCCCAGAAUGUAAGGCGAAAUUUCAGAGGGAGGUGAACUUGAUAUCUAGGAUUAAACAUAAAAAUAUUGUGAAGUUUAUUGGCGCCUCUGUGGAACCAUCAAUGGUGAUAAUCACAGAACUUUUGGAAGGUGGUUCACUUCAGAAAAACUUGAACAGCAUCUAUCCAAUGACUUUAGAUUUGGAACAAUCUUUAAGUUUUGCUCUGGACAUUUCUCAAGCUAUGGAGUGUUUGCAUGCAAAUGGCAUCAUUCACCGUGAUCUGAAGCCUAGUAAUUUACUUCUAACGAAAGACAAGAAGCUUGUUAAACUUGCUGAUUUUGGGAUAGCUAGAGAGGAUAUAUGUGAUGAGAUGACUUGUGAGGCUGGUAGUUACCGAUAUAUGGCUCCUGAGUUGUUCAGCAAAGAUCCACUUCCAAAGGGAGUAAAGAAAUUCUAUGAUCGCAAGGCAGAUGUCUACAGCUUCGCAAUAGUUCUGUGGUCCUUGAUCAAAAACCAAAUUCCAUUUAAAGAAAGGGAAAAUUUGAUGGCAGCAUAUGAUACAGCAAACAACAAAAGGCCAAGUUUGGAUGAGUUUCCACAACAUCUACUUCCCCUCGUGCAAUCCUGCUGGGCAGAAGACCCAAAACAGCGACCAGAAUUCACGGAGAUCACUGAAACACUGACAAUGUUUCUCCAACAUUGUUACUCAACAAGGACUACACUUGCCAGCAUAACUGAGAUUGAAGAAAUCGAUAGUAACAGUGAAGAAUCAUGUCCAAAAAUACGGGCCAAAGGCCCAAAGUCUGUGAAAAACAUUUCGAUACAUGAUCAUGGGACUAUAAUAAAACCCAAGGACCGCAUAAAGUGUGAGUUUGAGUCUCUGAGGGGAGAACAGAACCCCUACUCUGACACAGCGGAAAGCAAGCCAAAAAAGAAAAGCAAGCUCAAGAGUUUACUCAAGUGCUUUCGUUGUUCCUUUGGCAUUUGA